GGACACGUGCACGCUCCUCGCGCCCCCCACCCCUCUUCCCUCUUUCUCUCUCUGGUACUGAUGCUGAGAAUCCAGCAUCUUUCUGAUUCCAGCAUCAGACGCUGGAUUCUAAACUGAAAACACUCUUUGGAAAAAAAAAAUAAAAAAAUAGUGAUACAAUUAACGAGCAUCCGGGACGCGUGUUGGUUUCUUCUUCUUCUUCUUCUUUUGUUGUCUUCCUUUAUGAGGGAAGGUGAUUUCUGAUGGAGUAACAUGGAUGGACAAGCAAAGAAAAGCGGAUGAGGAUUUUUCUAACGAUUUGGAGGAACAUCAGCUGCGACGACAUUCAAAGGCCAACAGGCAUGAUUUUUAUGUAGGAGCGAAAACAUCGAUCUGCAUGUUCUUUUGGGGGGGGCUAAUCUGUCAGAUUUUCUUGAAGUGAAGAACAAAUUGAUCUUGGAUAAGUAAUAAUAACAAUAUUAAUAAAACAUGGCUCAUCUAAUCCGACACAAGAUCAGCAACAAACUGACCAAUGCGGCCCACACGGUGUCCAACAAAUCCCAGGCCAAGGUCAGCGGGGUGUUCGCCCGGCUGGGCUUCCAGGCCGCCACGGACGAAGAGGGUCUGGGCUUUGCAGAGUGCGACGACCUGGACUACGACUACAGGCAAGGGAUGCAGAUGGAUGUCCUCCGUGGGGACGAGGAGGAAGGGGGUGACAUGGAGGGAGAAGGGGACGUGGAGGGGGACACCCGCUACCAGAGGGACGGUACCGGUCUGAGGCAGUCGACCCUGAAGAGCGACGGCUCCCUGGAGGAGGACAAGCCCAAAAUCACGUCAUGGGAAGCUGGAUGGAACGUCACCAAUGCCAUUCAGGGCAUGUUCGUCCUCGGCCUGCCGUACGCCAUCCUCCACGGCGGAUACCUCGGCCUCUUCCUCAUUAUCUUCGCGGCAGUGGUGUGUUGCUACACGGGCAAAAUCCUCAUCGCGUGCCUGUACGAGGACAACGAGGACGGCAUCAAGGUGCGCGUCAGAGACUCGUACGUGGACAUUGCCAACGCCUGCUGCGCGCCCCGCUUCCCCGCACUCGGCGGCCACGUGGUGAACGUGGCCCAGAUCAUCGAGCUGGUCAUGACGUGCAUCCUGUACGUGGUGGUCAGCGGCAACCUGAUGUACAACAGCUUCCCCAGCUUCCCCGUCUCCCAGAAGGCCUGGUCGGUGCUGGCCACGGCCGCGCUGCUGCCCUGCGCGUUCCUGAAGAACCUCAAGGCCGUCUCCAAGUUCAGCCUCCUGUGCACGCUGGCGCACUUCGUCAUCAACAUCCUCGUGGUCGCCUACUGUCUGUCCAGGGCGCGCGAGUGGGCGUGGGAGAAGGUCAAGUUCUACAUCGACGUGAAGAAGUUCCCCAUUUCCAUCGGCAUCAUUGUGUUCAGCUACACCUCCCAGAUCUUCCUGCCCUCCCUGGAGGGGAACAUGCAGAAGCCCAGCGAGUUCCACUGCAUGAUGGACUGGACCCACAUCGCAGCCUGCGUCCUCAAGGGCCUCUUCGCCCUGGUGGCCUACCUGACCUGGGCGGACGCCACCAAAGAGGUCAUCACAGAUAACCUGCCCUCGACCAUCCGGGCUGUGGUGAACCUCUUCCUUGUCGCCAAGGCGCUCCUGUCCUACCCUCUGCCGUUCUUUGCAGCCGUAGAAGUUCUGGAGAAAUCACUGUUCCAGGACGGCGGCAGAGCCCUCUUUCCUGACUGCUACGGCCCCAACGGCCAGCUAAAAACAUGGGGUCUUGGCUUAAGAGUAGGCCUGGUGGUCUUUACCCUGCUCAUGGCCGUCUUUGUUCCGCAUUUUGCCCUGCUGAUGGGUCUAACUGGAAGCCUGACGGGUGCAGGCCUGUGCUUCCUCCUACCGAGCCUCUUCCACCUAAAGCUCCAGUGGAGAAACCUUCUGUGGCACCAUGUCUUCUUUGAUGUCUCCAUUUUUGUUAUUGGGGGCAUAUGUGCCAUAUCAGGCUUCAUCCACUCCAUUGAAGGGCUCAUAGAGGCCUAUAAGUACGACAUCCAUGACUGAGAGUGGGAGGCUCGCAAAAUACACGGUUUUGACCGUCUGGACUUUAAAAGGAGAAUAAUUUGUGUGAAAUGUAUUAUCUUUUUAUUUUUUGCCUUUGUGAUAAUGUGCAAUAAAGAACUAUAUUCACCGAUUAGGCACAACAUUAUGACCACUGAGAAGUAAGGUGAAGAACACUGACCAGCUCAUCGUCGUCGUCGUUCCUGUUGGUGGGUGGGAUGUGCUCUGUAGCAAAACAACAUUUUGUCCUCGAAGGUGGACCAAAUUAUGGUGAGGUGUUUCCAGCUUUCAGCUGGAGUUAGAUUUGACGUCAUCUAUAUGGGUGGUUGCCCAGGGCUGUGUUAGAAAUGGAGCAGCACAGGCACUAAAUUAAAACAAAUAGCUUAUCAGUCAGUUGCACCCUAAUUGCCUCUAUGCAUUUGCAGUCAUUGGAGAUUCUACACCCGUGUGUGCUGAUUAGCUGCAGCCUGGUCCAAAUGUUUCAAUGCCAGCAUUUGAACAUGCACUGAUUUUCUCAUUUGAAGCUACAACACAUUUAAGUCGAUUUUGUUGUCAUUGAAAUCCAUUCUUAUACUUCAGUGUUCAGUUCAUUCUCUUCUGCUUUAGGCUUAUUGACAUUUCCUCCAAUGUACUUCCAUUUUAACAAAGGUCAGUCUGUUAUGACUACCCUUUUGACUUAUUGGCUCUACAUUAACUUAACUCGCUUGGUCUUUACUGUGUCAAUUGUUAAUACAAAAUUAUUGUUUUUUUUGUUGUUGUUGUUUUACCAGCAGUAGUACUUGUACCACAGUUAGAAAAGUCUAACAUAAUGAAAGAAGGCAAGUAAGCAAAGACAAUGCGAUGCUAUAGAUAAACGUUCCUUUGACACGUACCCUUUCACGGAUGCAUUAUUCUCUGAUGGCCGUGGUGUUUGUGGAAAUGUUACAAAGCAAAGCCGGUUCAGAAAUUGCUUGAGGAACAUAACAAGUCAGAGGUGUUGACUUGGCCUCUGAAUUCAGCAGACCUAAAUCCAGUCCAGCAUUUGUGUGACGUGAUGGACAAACAAGUCCAAGUCGUGGAAGCCCCACGGCCUACAGACACCACAGUCAGGGAUGUUUUGGCAGCAAACAUCAGGACCAACACACUAUUAGUCAGGUGGUCAUAAUGUUAUUCCUAAUCGGUGUUGUGUAAAGUAGUUUACUCAUUCCAAAAAAAAAAAAAAAAAGUGUAUCAUUCAGCAGACAGAGAGGACACAAGCUCCGCACCAGAAGAAGAGGGCAUUAAAGACUCUGUCCAUGUGUCGACCUUUAUGCAAAGAUUCAGUAAAAAUGUCAGUAAGUGUGUCAGUGUUCGUAUUCGAGGAAUGAAAUAUGUGGAAAAACAAUCAAGUCAAUAUGUUAUUGUUGGUUUUUGAGCUGCUAUAGGUAUCAAUAAUCAGAGAAAACAACAGGCACUCAUCAGAUCAGAUGGUGCUCUAUAAACCAUGAAUAUCUUCUGUGUAGUGGUCUAAACAGAAUGAAUACAUUUCUGUUGGGACUUGUAGUUUCUUCUUCUUUUUUAAUAUUCUGAAGUCCUCCUUUGUUUCCUCUGUGUUUUCAAGUGUCAUUCUGGAUGGAGUGAAAUCAAGUGCAGGCAAGUGGAUCCUAACUGUGUAAUAUUGCAAAACAAACAAACAAAAAAGAUGAGUGUCUGAUAAUAUUCUGUUCCUAUUGAACGUGUUCUUCAUUGUGAUUUGUUGGAACUACUCAUGGUGUGUGAGAUUAAGAGUAUUUGUUGAAUUAAGAGGUAAAUAAAUGAAAUAUUUUAUUGCUGGUGA